GUCAUAACAUUUUGAAUUGAAUGAUUUGUUUGAAAAAUCUUCAGCCUGUUUAACGACUGUGUUUUACCAUGACACGAUACCCUUUCAGUGAAUUACGGGUUAAUAAAUUUAAAAUGGAAGACGGCAAGGAAAGGCACGUGAAACGAAGCGAGGCGAUCGAAAUUUCGUGUGGAGAUGGAAAGAAAGAGAGCAGAGGCGAGAGUUUACAGGAGGCUUUCAAGAAAUUCCGCAAGGAUAGACAGGUAUUCAUAAAACAAACCGAGAUGAAUUACUUGAUGCGCAAAUAUUUAGGAAUUUACUCUGAUCGAUCUAGACGGCUGUAAGACAAGUCUUUGUCGUAAUUUUAUAUACCCUGCGAACAGACGGAGGCCCUUCGAUCUUCCUAGGUGAGUCUUCCCGACUUAUCUAGGAAGAUCGAAGGGCCUACGCUCGCAGGGUAAAUUUCAUAUUACUGGCUCGUUUAUCUCAGGGUUUUUCUUAAGACAAGGUAUUAUAUCUUGCCUCAGAACUCGCUUGGACUAAUUUUAUAUAUGAAUAGGUUACAGCUGUGCAUUUAGAAUGAAAGUUUGUGCAUUUUUUAGAAAAAAUAACGUUAUGUCUGUAGCGGAAUUCAAUACCCAGCAAAAGGUGUUGAAGGAGGGAAGGCGGGUCCUUCCGCAUUUAAAUUCUUUCUCUAAUGCCCAACUGGCUAAUAUCUAAAGUAAUUUUGCUUACAAAAUGAGACUAGCUCUACACAUGUAUGUAUCUUGCUCUUUCAGUUGUGAAACAGAAAAGUCUGACUGAUGCACAUGUGUAUACCUUGUCUUUAAUCCACUGAUCAGGCAAAGUAAAUUGGGGAACUUACUUUACAUGUUAUAUAGUGAAAUAUAUAAAACUGCUCUAGUAAGGCCUUAAACUGCUGUUUAAAAACUAAAAACUUAAACUUAAACAGCAGUUUCACGCCUCACUAGAACAGUUUUAUAUAUUUUUAAUUAUGCUACUGAAGGACAACAUGAAUAGGUUGUAUAAUGAAAUGACUUAAAAUGCUAGCGAACAGAACAUUGGCAAAAUGACUGUAAAUCAGUGUGGAGAGGCAGGGUGUGCUUUCUAACCUUUGUGUCUAUGUUUUUCAGAAUGUUUUAACUCUUAGGUUUAGGUAACAAGUUUGAGGGAGUUGGCUUUCAGGCAAGUUUACUACUGGUUAUCAGUUGCAGACAUUUGGUAACCUUAUCUAUAUGUUUGUAUUGUAGAAGGCAAUACGUUUGUCUAAGCAAGUGAAUGAGGAAGCAAUAAAGUGGAGAGCCGAUCCUAAAAGAAUGCACAAUCUAAGAACGAGAUUUGUUGAACAGUGCAAGCAGUACUUUGGAGUGCCCUAUGCAAAGAAAUACCAGGAACCAGGAAGUAAGACUUUGAUGUCCAACUUUUUAAAAUCUUUUUUUUUCUGUCUUUUCCACCUUCUAAAAUAGAAUAGAGUGUAUAUACCAUAAAUCCUCUAUAUAGACCCCUCCCCUCCCCUCCCCUAAUUAUUCUUUACUAAUAAAUGAGAGACUGUAUUGAUCAAUCAUGAUUGUAAAACUUUGUGUGGACUGAUUCAGGAUGUUUGGUUUAUUUAACGAUUGGAAGUUCGGAUUUGAUUCUGAUCCUUGGCGACAUUACCUCCAACCUUCUUGUUCUUGUGAGCUUCUAGUAUUCUAGUUCUUUAUGGAGAACUGAUACCAUCGUCUUUUCUAAAUUAAAUAAGCCCCUCCCCCUCUCAAACGAAUGACGACCCCUCCUCAAAUGGGCUUGAAAUAAAUAAGCCCCCUUAAUAGAGGGUUUAUGGUAUAUAAAAAAAUUCUCAUCAUAACUUGUAGUUAACCCUGCAUGCAAAGGUUUCUUUCCAUCGUGGCUUUUAGCAUUUAUGAAGUCAUUUGCAUUGCUUGUCAGUCGCAUAGUUGGUUUGUUUAUGCCCCCAUAGGCAAACCAAUUAUGUGACUGACAAGCGAAGUAAAAUAACUUUGUAAUCGCUAAAAGCCAUGUCAGAAAGAAUCCUCAGCUUGCAGGGUAAUUUUAGUGCACGUUGCCUUUAGUUAACAAAGCCCAGCUCUGUUAUUGUAUCAAAAUGAUUUGUUAUUAAGCAAUGAAUGGUUUUUCUUAAACAGCCAAUGAAUACAACUCCCCUUUGUUUCUUGAUUGUUGUGGCUUGGUCAGAAAAGUUCUUCGGGAUCUCAAGGAGGACUUCGGUUUUGAAGUUGGUCCCUGGAAUCAAGCCUACAUGGUAUCAAUUUUAUUAAUGUGUAAUGAAUUAUUUAUUCUCAUUGGUCAGUUCAUUUAAGACCUCUUGACCAGUACUUUCUUUGUUAUUCUUUUGUUUUUCAUAACCAGGGCAAGAGUCAUUAAGGUUUUAAGUUGCCAGUCUCUUAGGAUAUUGGUCAUUUAUCCCACAAUUUCUUCUAUGUUUGUAGUGUUCAACUUAUUUCAAAACUUUAAGUAGUGGGUUGAUUUUACUGAAGUAGCCUGCUAAAAAAGCCGGCUCCCAGCUACUGGCUACUAAUGAAAGCCCUGAUUACAGAAGUAAGAGAAUGAAAUUUUGAUUUUGGAACUCAGUUCCAGUAGGAACAAAAACUUAAUAAUAUAUAGAAUAGACAGCCUUGAUUACAGUAAAAAAAAAAAUUUAAGUGUAAUGCUAAACAGGGGACAACAAUGAAAAAAUUUUUUGAUUUUGGGAACUUCCAGUAGGAACAAAAUGGGUUGAUUACCACAUUUCCUUAGCUAUGGGGCUCCAGUAUUAAAUCUCUUAGGUUGGGGUUACCCUCUGUUACAGUGCCUCAUAGCCAUUUUGUGUUUUCUUGUUUUUCUUUUUCUUCGUCCACCAUGUAACAUUUUCUUGUAUGGCACUAAUAAUAUUAUUAAGAAAAUUGUUUGAAUGUUAAUAUUGCUGGUGUUCUCCUUAUCAUGCGGUAACCGGUAAAAUAUUUACGGCCUGAAGUAACACCGCCUGCAACCACUUGAAGGUUUACGAAAAUUAAAUAAAUUGUUUUAAAAAAUACGCAAGUUGUGAUCCGAUCUGAUUCUCACAAGGGUAUGAAUGAAUAUAUGGAAAAGUUCUAAAGUAUGCAUAGCUUUUCUUUUUAUGGGCCUCCCAUUUUGGAAAGAAAUCAUUUCCAAAGAAUAUAGAGUAAAGUUAUGUGGAUUCAAUGUUUUAAACUAUUGUCUAGAGAUAACAAUGACCGAUUUGCGCAAAGUAGGUCUUAAAAUAAGGGAAUGACAUUUCAAAGAACUUAGCUCCUAAAUUUCCAUGUGAGGGUGGGCCAUGUCACUCACUCCACUACCCCCUCCCCCACUAGGAAAGUGCACCUCUGGCGCAUAUUUUUUGCCUCAUCGGCCAUGAAUGGUCUCUUACCUGCUGAGCUAAAAUUUAGGGAGAACACUGUAUUGCUGUUUUGUAAGGAAAUGCUAUUUUAUAUUUUCCUUAUUCUAACAAUUAUUGAAAGUUAAAGAGGAUUAGAUUCUCAUCUAAUGAGCUCUGGUUUUUCAGUAUGACACACUUCCAGUGGAUAUUGAGAAGCCAGAGGACAUGAAACCUGGUGAUCUGGUGUUUGUGUCUGGAAUCUACCAUAAUCCUAAAUGUAAGUUCAAAUUGAACUCAAACCCCACCUAAUAUGGACACAAAAGGAAGGGUGUGCAUGUGUUCAGUUAAGAGGAGGUAGCAAAUGUAUGAAGAUUGACAUCUUUGAGACCAAGAGAACUGUCCGUAAGAGAGAAGUGUCCAUGUUGAGGCUGUUUCUGCAAAGAAGGGUUUGAUUUAAAUUAACAGUGAAGAAAAUUGCACAUGAGAUUAUAAACUAAAGUAGUACGUUUUAUGCACUGUUUAGUUGGUAAUACAUUAAAAAUUAAUGUCCAUCAUUCUUAUUUAUUUAUUUUUACUUUAAAAUUUAUAUUUGUGUAUUUCUGUUAGUUAAACUGCAUCUAUCGUUAAUUUAUAGUAGGUACUUGUAAGUGAUUCCCUUGGAAAAAUGUAAUGCUGUUUUAUUUCAAAUUUUCAGCAAAGAAACAGCGUCACAACAUGGUCCAUGUUGAGGUUUGGGCAGGCAAUGGAGAAAAAACAAUUGGUGCAAGAUGGCAACGUGGAAAGUAAGGUUUUGUUUUGUUUUUUUCGUGGAAAAGAAUGAGUCGCUGCUGUAAAAUUGUCUUUUUUUAAAUGUGAUUUGGUAAUAAUUACCUAAUAAUUAAUAUUGUCUCAAAUCCUUCUGCUUGAAAAUUUUUGGGGCUUCAUAUAAAUAUAAAUAGAUAAAUAAGUUAUAAGUUUUAUUUUUUUUGUAUUUUUACUAAUUCUAUUAUAACUGUUGUAUUAUUAUUUAUUAUUUGAUAUUUUUUUUCCAAAUAAAUUAAACUUUCAAUAUAUUAAUGAUCAUGUUUAGGAUACAGUAUCAUGAUUCUUACAAGUUCAGUGCCAAGAGUUACCACAGCAUGCAGUAUCAUUUUAAAUCAAUUGACACAUGGCUUAAAGGUAUCUGCAGAAGCCAUUGUCCAGAACAUUCCUGGACAAGGUCAAAGUAUCAGCCAGGAAAAAAGUCAAUCUUUGCUGAGGAUCAAGCUAAUGAAACCCCAGAUCAAGAUGCAGAGGAAGACCAGGAAAUUGAUGAACAAGUUAAUGUUUGUGGUGAUGGAAAUAGCUUCCAGUGCGAUGCAUCAAGUGACAAAGGUUUAGAAAGAGUUGGUCAACUUGUCUCUGCUGAAAAGCAAAAUAUCAUCAGGAAUCCGUCACAGGAUUGUUCCACUUCUGUUGAAGAAUUUUCUUGCAAAAAUGGUCAUCCAGCUACUGAUGUUUCAUUUUUAUCGGCAAAGUCUGAAUAUAGACAAAAAACAUUUCACAAUCUGGAUGAAUGUGUUACCUGGUUAAUAUCAAAGAUAACAAUUGAACUUGAGAAGGAAAUCAGUGAUGAAGGCGAUACUAGUGGCUUAAAGCUGACAGAUUCUUCUAAUGUCAUAGACGAAGAUUUCAAGCAGGAACCUGUGAGAAAUAGCUGCCGAUGUCCUCAAUGUUGCCAUAUAACAAUAAACUGCAUACAUCAAGACAAAACUAAUGAUCAUUAUUAUAAUAAAUUCAAGGAUGAGGAUCAAUUUGAGAGACUUGAAGAUAGUAAAUACAUUUCAUCUUCACUGGAAUGUUUUGAUUUUGUGUACAAUGAUGCUAGUGACAGUCAAGCUGUUUCAAUAAUCCAAUGUCCAAACAACUCCACCGGUGGUAGCAGUAAUGCUCGACGUUCUGUGUCUCCUUCAAAAGCUGUAAGAAAGGGGAAAGGUGCGUUAAAGAAUUUGAUGCUGUUAGUAGCGUUAUGUACAAAUUACCAGGGCUGUCACUAUGGGCAAGAUCUUGGUCUACUUUCAUAGCAAACAAAAGAAUAAAAGAAGCAAAAGAGCUACCUAAUCAUUCAAUUUCCUGCCUGACCAGCUAUUGCAUAUAUCCAUCCACUUGAAAUGUUAGUGAUCGUGCUGACAGAUUACUUUGAAAAGUUUAUGCAAUUUAGUUAGCGGGUGGCCAGAAUCGUUACUAUUCAUUUGUAUGCCUGCCAAACUAACAGGACAGAUAGUUGAAUGCAGGCUGCCAGUAUUAAAAACUGCUAGUUGUUUAUAUUUUGAAUUGGCGAGAUGGGCCCUCAUUAAUUGUUUGAAAUGUCUCGAAAAUCAACCUCUUUUAUUAACUAUUAAAUUUCUCGUAAGUUGAAUUUUUUAGUCAAUGGAAUUUUCAUUAAAAGUGACCUUUAUCCAUAAAAGUACAUGUAUUUUUGUACCAGCAAUCAUCAGCUUAAAUUCAUCCUUGUUUUUAAUUACCAGUAAGUUUGCUUCAAUAGAAUUCGGUUCCUGUUUUUUGGCUAAUCAGAGCUGAUUAUCAGACUGAAUUAGCUGUUUAUAGUUUGAGUAAAAGUAAACUUCCUUUUUGUUCACCAUAAAUAGGUUCUGGAAAUGAUUCAUCAUCAGGAAAUGGAAGAGGAAAUGGAAAUGAAAAGAAUAACAAUAGCAAGGAUACCCCUCACAAGAACUCGCGAGGUGGUGCAAGAUCUGUCAGUCAUCAGAAUGGCAAACAACCAAAAUUUUUUAUUGGAGGAGGAAACGGAAACUGGAUGUAAGAAUAAAGUUUGGAUCAAAUACUCUAAACUAAAGGAAAUGAAUCAGAAAGCCAAUAUCUUUGCAGCACCUGUUGUGAUCAUGCUAUCGCUGUUUAUCUCCAUGUUUUUGACAUGUUUUCUUCAUUUUUGGUUAACUUUGGUGCAUUAUAUUAAUUUUCAUACAGUAUAGCCUGCAUAGCAAGCACUUGGAAGAAAUGGGCCCAAGAAAGAACUGGGUGCACAGCAGCCCCUCGUGUGUCUCCGUUGCGCACCUGAUUCUUUCAUGUAUAUUACUUCCAAGCCCUUUCUAUAUACAGUGUAAAAAUCCAAGACGUUUUGAUGACAGGGUCGUGCAGGUGGAAAGGUUUCACGUGUACUUCUUUCAAAUCACAUGACUCCAAAGCAUCUUGAAUUUUAAUAAGUUGUGAGCGUCUGCAUUGUUUUAAGCUUGUAAAAAUUUAGUGAUUUUGAGAAAACAUGUCAAAAGAUGUCAAAAACUUUGUUAAGUGGCAAUGACAAUGUGAUUAUAGUUUGUAAACAAGAAGUUGAGACACUCCAAGACACUUUAAUUAUGGGAUAAACAAAUGAAUUUUUCUUUUAUUUUCAGUGACAAUAAUUAUUGGCUAGUUAAAAAAUGAGUGUUCUUCAGGAAUAAUAUAUUAAUCACAACCAUUUUCUGUUUGAAUUAAAGGAUUGAAUCUACAUUAGUUUCACUGGGCUGGAGUAAGAUUGAAGACAAGAUGGAUGAUUCUUUUAAACUAAAAUGGGUGGAAUGCAAGAGUCAGAUAAACUACGACAAUUUCAGGGAAGGUAAGUACACGAUCAAUAACCACUAUACAAUCAGUAUUAAAUAAAAGCAGUGAUUUUGGUAGCCCUGUUUCUUGUGUCCCUGACACAUGAAAAUCCCGAAAGACGUAAAAUUUCCUCCGGAGCGCAUUCCGUAGUAUGCCAAAAUCAAUGAAGCGACCUGAAGAUUGAAGAAUUUCCUGUUGCUUUGUGACUUUGAAUCUGUAAUGACAACCUGCGUGAAGUUAGUAAGAGAGCAAUAUCACAAUUUCUUUUUCAACAGGAGAGCAACUUGUAAAUCACAUUUCUAACAUCAAUCUGCUGACAACAAAGCUUGGUCUUCUGUGCAGCUUACAAGAAUACCAAAGGGUGCAAGAAAAAAUGGCCAAGACACCAUCUAAGUAAGUGAAACAGCCCACAUCUCACCUCUUGGCGGUGGAAUCCUCAAGUUGAAUAGAAGAUACUCAGUAUUUCGUUCUGAAGUUGUGGACUGUGACCACUCAUAUAUAAGCUUUUUAUUACGUAGAUGUUUGUAGUUUGUAUGGGAUAUGGUGUGUUUUGUUGUUCUGUGAUAGAGAAACCUGAUAUUUUUACCUACAAUGUGUUUUCCUUGGUUUUGUUGUCAUUUUUUAGGCUCCAAAUUUCAAUGAAUGAAUUUGUACCUGAAACUCACAAGCUGAUGUGUGAAACGGAAAAACUCAAGUUUGUGAAUGAAGUCUAUAAAGGUAAGAUUAACUCGUUUGAACCGAACGUGUCCGGUCAAGUCGCCGGAAAUUCAUGUCGCCCGAAAUGCUAAGUUUUGACACCCGAAUUUUAUUAGGGUACUACACAGAGAAACAGAGGUAAAUAAAGAAUGUGUGUACAAUAUAUCUCGUUCUUUACACCAUCUUGAGACCAAACAAAUUGCCAGAAGAAAGGGUUUUUCCGAGCUAACAGUGACUUGUCUUACAAUGGGAUGCUAAAUUCAUUAAGCAAUCACUUCUUACAACUGCGGGCUUUUUAUUCUCAGACGGUGAAACUUGGAUCUGUAAACCAACAGGCAUGAAUCAGGGGAAAGGCAUCUAUCUUGUCAGCAGCAAAGAACAACUCAAAGAGAAGCUAAACAUAAAUGGAGAGAGCGAAUCAAGUGCAAGACGUAGCGUGGUGCGACCACCUCAGGGACGAGUCAUACAGAGGUACAAAUAAUGCCUUGAACUUACCUUUGGCUUCGUCCACUCUGGUAACAUUGUUUAUUCGCAGUCUCCUGAAACGGUUGGGUAGGAGAUUAUUAGGGUCCAGUUCUGCCUCCGCCGGCAGCUUGUCAUUGCUAUUGUGUUUUCUCUGUGGAAAAAACAUUGCAGUCGGUUUACGGUCAUCUCACCAUCAACGAAUUCGCCACCAAGAAGUCGACUCGCCACCAACGAAUAACUCUGAAAUAAUUGACACCGUUAAAUACCUAGGAUUACUUACCUAAGAUUUUUACUUUUUCAUCAAGCUUUUUCGAAUUUAAAUUCGACCCAAAUACAAGUCUGUCGAUCCUAAUGGACUAUCCUUGCGUCGAACGUCUUAUGCUCUUGGUAAUGCAAAUUCUACUAAUACAUGUAUAGGUUCUGUGAAUGUAAACUUUGACAUUUGAGAGAUCAUGUUAAACAAACUGGCAGAAACGGUCACAACCACUAGUCAUUUCUUUGAAACAUGAAAAUAAAGUAACGGUUAAGAAACUUCCUUCCAUGAAAGUUUAAAACAGUGCUAAGCUAAGUUCUAUUCUUGGUGGCGAGAUGACCAGAUACCUUGUAUUCUUUGGUGGCGAGAUGACCAGAUACCUUGCAGUCGGGUCACCUCCAGUGUUAUAAGCAGAUUUAGCAAAGGAAGCGUAGCAGCAAAUAAGAACCCAAAAACACGCGGAAAUGACUGAACGCCAGUUCUGUGCUCAAUUUGCCGCCUUGCGUUGAAAAGUCGGUUUUUUGUCUUCGUGCGCCGUCUUUAGCUCACUAUCGUCGCGUUGUCUUUCCUAAUCUGCCUUAGUCUUAGGUGAGCCCUUAGGUGACCACAUAGGAGGUACCCAAAUUCUCACAGUCAAAGCACUAGAAUUAGAAUUCUGACAAGCGACUUCUCGUUAGCAACUUGCGACUACUUUUUCCUGUCUGCCUUUCUUUUUGGUAUAUCCCAUAUAUCAACUAACAAUAUAUUGUCGUUUCCUUGGCAGAUAUGUGCUGAAUCCGUUGCUGUUGAAUGGCUACAAGUUUGAUGUCCGUACGUACAUGUUAAUCGCAAGUACCACGCCUUAUGUUGUCUUUUAUCAUCCGGGAUACGUACGCUUGUCGUGUGUCCCGUAUACACCCUACACUCAAGAUGCCGCUGGACUGCAUGCUCAUCUUACCAAUCAGGUUUGACCCGUUUAGUUAGUUUUGCUUUUACCAGAUAUCUUUGUGGGGUAGUCAGCAAUUAGCCUGCGAGUAAGCUCUGCGCUUUAGCGGCGGGCCGGGAAAAGGAAGGAGAGCUGGCAGCUACCUCUCUGGAUUGGGAAUUUGAAUAUCUGCAUCGAAAAAGUAGAUGCGAAAUGCUGAUGGCGGAGAUGACAUAAGUAAUGACGUCAUCAGUGUUUGUUUACAUUCGUGCUCGUUUCCGCUUCUCGCUGAUUGGCGGAAAUCUGACAUUUCAGUCGACAGGGAGCCACAAGGGAAUUGAAAGUAGAAUUUAAAUUCCAGAGACGUAGUUGCAAGCUCUCAAUUUCCUUUUAUAAAAGCCCUUAACCUGGAAACCAGGCUUUGUUGACUUUUAUCAGUAAACCCUAGUUUCUGACAAAAUCUCGGUUGCUUGCCACGACGUUUGGAAAACGCAUUUUAUAAUUUUAUAGUUAAGUCACAGUUAAAUGUUAUCUGAAAUCUCUGUUCCUGUGACACAGUAUGUACAGAAAAAACACCCCAUGUAUUCCACCAUGAAGGAAGAUACUGUCUGGAGUUUCGAUCGAUUGCAGUCAUACAUCGAUGAGAAAUAUGCCAAGGAAAAAGAACUCCCUGAAAACUGGGUCUACACAGCAUUCACGGUAAGUAAAAAAUAAAUAAAUUUCCGUUAUUCGCCCUCGGCAGUAUUUAUAGCACUGAUGAUAGUGGGGAAGAACAAAUGCCUGAAACAAAUAAUUAAACCAAACAUAAUGGGGUUAAGAAUCCCAACUAGUAGGAUGCAAACCAGCUGACUAUUUACAGGCGUGGUGGAGGAGUUAAACUUUUAUUAUUAUUAUUAUUUUUUAUUCAAAUGUAUUGUAUCUUUAUUAGCUUAGUAUUUUUAUUGUCAUGCGUUUUAUACAUGAGCUUCUUGCUCGGAUGAUCGGGGCAACCCCAUCCCACGUAUUGACGUUAAUAAAUUGAUUGAUUGAUUGAUUGGUUGGUUAAACUCGGGAUUAUCGAGAACAAAUCCAGCUAGCGGUCUGUCAGGGCGGGACUGGAACUCUGUGCCUCCGACUUGCAAGUCCAGCGCUCAAACCGCCCGGUCACGCUGCCUCCACAAGUCACUGUUCACGUUUCAUCCGGGGUUAAUACAGUGGAAUCUUCCGUAAGCGGACACCCUAGGAACGCGAAAAAGGAGUCCGUUAGGCGUUACUGGAGCUGACCGCUUGCGGGAAUGUAAAACUACAGAGUUUGUAUGGGAGUUGAGAAAAACAGGGUUUUAUGAAGGCAGCCGUAAGUAGAGCCGUCCGCUUACUAGAAUGGCGUCCGAUAGGAGAGCUUCGACUGUAUUAAUUAGUUUAAACUACUACAUGAGAAAUUACUGCAAUUUGAUUGGCUUAGAGCAGUGGUAUUUCAGCUCAAUUUGAAAUACCUACAUGUGAAAAUUACAAAUCUUUUGUGGGUAGCAGCGUACAAAGAAAGUAGUGUCCGAUAGCCCGGGGCUAGUAGAUUUUGCUAUCGGGCUAGUGAAUUCUGUUUUUAACUUGCCCAACGGGCAAGUGAUGUUUUAUGAGGAAUUUGAAUAACAGAAGAACAAAAAGUUUUUGGGGCUAAAAUGGGCUAGUAAAUGCUAGCUUCAGCUUGCCCGAAUGACAAGCUGUAAAAAUGAUUUUCUUUGCACCCUGGGGUAGUAGUAUAAACAAAUAAUAGCAUGAUUUGUACGUGAUAUUUGGCACAAAUACCACUUGUGAUAUUUCAAAAUUGUCUCAAAUUUCACGAGCCGUUAGGCGAGUGAAAUUACGUAUAACAAAAUUUCGAAAUAUCACUCGUGGUAUUUAUGCCAAAUAUCACCACAAAUCAUGCUAUUACCUAUACUAAUAUUCGCACUUUUGGUGAUUUCCAUUUGUGAUUUCCGUACUUUGAAAUCUCGCAUCUAGGCCUCCUGCUUUUUGCGUUUGACUUCCUCGUGAAUCAAUCAUAUUAUGCGCCUUUUCUUUUCCUUUUCAAAACCAUCAAGAUUUAUAAUUAUGAGCUUUGUAUGAUCAUGACUGUCAAGUUUUACUUUUAUUUUCCAGAAACGCAUGCAUCAGAUAAUGACAGCGUGUUUCCACAGUGUUCGUCAAAAGCUGCAUAGAAGAUCAGGAACUUUUGACUUACUAGGAUUCGACUUUCUUAUUGACGAAGAUUUUAAGGUUUGCUAGUUAGAUAAUCCUUUUUUACUUUUGAGAACGUUGAAAAAAUGUCUCCCAAGUCGCUUAUCGUAGGCUCGAUAACCAGCCGCUGUUCGGGAAAAUGAGCCCGCGCUCAUCAAAGACCGGACCCGGGAGACGGCGGAAAUCGAGCCUACGCUUAUCGCUACGGGCGUUUUUUUCGAGAUUGGAAUCAUUUUUGUGUGUGCGCUAAGAUCCAGUUGCAUAUGUUUAUUUUUUUCGUGCAUAGCUCUCUCUCCCGUGUUUAGCACGAGUUGCAUAAUUCCCGCCUUAGCUCACUUUACCAGUAUGCACUCAUAUAAUUUUUUUCGCGCUUAGCCUAUUUGCCCAUUGCCUUGCGUGCCACUUGUUGCAUCCACAGAUGUUGCCUGCGCUUUUUUUAGUUUGCAUGUUUUCUCGCGCUUACUAAAAAAACUUGGGUGCGUUUCUUUACUAAAAUCCAAAUCCGGAUUUUUAAUCUGAAAACGGACAUUUCGUUUCGAUACUAAAUCCAGAAACGGAUUUUUAAUCCAAAUGCUCCAUAACGGAGGUGGAUUCUUUGGAUCGUACUUUGGAUACAUGAUCCGAAGCGUUUCUUUAGUGAAUAUUGCCAGCGGUAGCUCGAAACAAUGUUAAUACAUACAUUAACUGUUUGACAACACGGCACAUCUUUAGGGCUUUUUUUGAACCGGAGUCAAGGAUUAUAAACGAUCGAUUUUAUCCGUUAUAUCGGAGUGGUAAGAUCGCAGUACAAACAAGACCAGCAUUGUUCUACAGGGUGUUUCAAAAGUUCGUUCCGAUUUUUUAUUCGCUCAAAUUUCACUAAUUAUUUUAAAAAAACCUUUUUUAAAACUUAGGAUAUUAUUCAUUAUUCAUUUAACAUUGAGUAACAGGAAUGUCUUCCUGUAUGUUUUCUGACAUUUUCUAAGCGGUGAGGUAUAGAAUGUACGAGCUCCCAAAGUGUGUCCAAAGUCACAUUCUUCCGGGCGAAGCGUAGUCACUGUCCUAGCUCGUCCAGUGUUUUAGAGGCUGGAUCUUUGUAUGUUGUCUCGUCUACGAUAAUCAAGAUGGUCUCUAGGGGGGUUCACAUCGCCGGCCGGUCCUCCUUUGGUAUAAAGUUGGCAAAUCCUUCUGACACCAUGCUUUCAUGAAGUGUGCCCCGGCUUUUUCUCUUCAAGGCUUUCCAACGUUUUUUGCUAACUUAUCCCCACACUGUUCUGCUCGAAACUUUGAUCGAUAAUGUGAAGUUGAAUUUUUCUUACCUUUCUGUUUUGUGGAAUUGUUACGCCUAUACUUACAGCUUUUUCGAUAAUAUUUCUCACACAUUUGGUGAAAAAACGGCCAUCUACUCCUUGGUUUGCCUUCUAAGGUCUUUUCCAGUGCAUAUCUUAUGGAUUUCUUUUGCUACAACCCGACUUUUAUUUUCUUGCUCUUUUGCAUUCCUUUUCACAUUCGUUCUUUCUUUGAUAACUGAGAAGCUUAUAACCACGAGCGUUUUUUUCUUAGGUUUGGUUGUUAGAGGUGAAUAUCAACCCUGCUCUUCAUACAAACUGCCAAGUGCUCAUGGAUCUCUUACCGGGGGUAGUCGACGAGACGCUAAGUAAGUAUGCCUCUUAGCGCGGGUAUUUCUCGAAUAGUUUUCGGUAGGCAAAUUUUAAUCAUUUUGUUCUAGUACUUCGAGAAGUAUCAACCAGCUGUUCUAUAGCCUGCGCCGCAGACGAAACUAAACCGUUCUGGUCAUGUACAUGUCCGUCUGCGAAACGCAAUUCCGGUAAUUUUUUGGGUCCGUUGUGGGCCCUGAACAAGGAUAUCAGCGCUGCUUCGCAUGGGUUGCUAACCGGUCUUAGAUUAUCUCUGCAAUGUAGGCCACUGUUCUAUUGAGGUAAAACAAUACGGAAUAGGGCUUUGUUAAUUUUAAGCCAAUUUGGUUUUCCAUAAUUACCCGAAUCUCCCUUUUCCAGGAAAUAGGUUGUGUGGCAAGCCGAUUGCUGCAUAGCCCGCGUAGCAAGCGUUUCUGUUUGGUUUCGGAGCAAAGAAAGACCAAGGAAGGGAAUUCUCGGUUUUGACCGCGCGAAAAAUGAAACGAGACUCUGCUCUUUCACUUGCGCCAUUUUUCGCGCUUUCUUUGAUUCUCGUCCCUCGUUGUUUGCUCCGAAACCAAACGGAAACGCUGGCUACGCAGGUUAAUUACUGGACAGCGACUCCCCUCACCUUGCCGCCGAUUGCCGAUUGCCGAUUGAUAGCCGAUUGUGAGUUUUCCCGUUCUAUAUUUUCUUUUUUUCGAAAUUAGGUUAACUAUGUAACUGUGAGAAAUACAAAAGCCAAACUGUUACUAUAAUUUUUUUUUCUUCUAGAACUUGUUAUCGAGAUUUCAGAGAAGACAAAGCGUAAGCGGCCAAUCUUUCCACUUGAAAGUCAGAAAGGUUUUCAGUUGUUAUACAACGGAGAAAAAUAAACAACCAAAGCGUCUGUCCUCUGCAAAGAACAGGCAAAGAGCUAAUUAAGAUCCAUCGUACAUGCCAGUCAAUAGCAGACUGUGAAACUGCUGAUGGUAUUUGGUAUCAUGAAGAAAGAGAUAACUAAUAACCCUGAAGCAGCUGAUCACUGUUCAAGGCCUGGCAGCCUGCUUUCUUGGUUUGCUAGAGACUGGUGUCUAAAUUGUGACGUGAUAGAUCACUUGCCCUGCCUGACUCACUCCUGAUGGCCUAUAAAGCAAGGCGGGUGCAUAAAAUGACUUGAAAAGACAUUUUGUUGUUUUUGUAAUUACGUACCAGUGAAUUUUCCCUUGUAAACGGAAAAUAAUCGUUUACUACUGUGAGUGUGGAAAGGUGUGGAGUAAUCUGCUUUGGAGGUCUUUAAC